ACGAUAUACUUGUCUGCCUCACAAAGAAAACGUUACUAACAAAUUCUAGCCGCAACUCUAUCAGACAGUGACAUUGCAAUCACAAAACUGAUAUCUACGCAUGAUAAAAGACACGAGUCGAGUCUCCGUCAACUGAAAAGGAACGUAAAGUGAUUCCGUAAUGGCUGGUUCAGGGAGGUACAUGCUGAGGUCUCUGGCUUCUUCGUCGGGGACCAAAAUGAACCCGAGUCACAGAAUGCUUUCGUCUGAGGUUCAGGGGCUGAGUGUGGUUCACGAUGAGAAGAAUAUGGAGUUCUUUAUCAAGCUUGGAGGAGAUAAAGCUUUCCUUCAGUAUGAUGUUCUAGAUCCAGCUACAGGAGCAGUUGAUCUGCAACAUACUGUAGUUCCGGAGGUGUUUCGAGGACAGGGAAUAGCUAAAGUUCUUGCAAAGACUGUGAUGGACCACUUUGCUACAAAAGACAAACACAUGAAACUUACAUGUUGGUAUCUACAAAAGUUUUAUAAAGAAAAUCCACUUCCAGAGUACAAUGGAAAGGUAAUUGAUUAACUACAGGAAAUUAACAAGAGGAAACAGACUUUAUUUUUCCAGGCCGACAUAGAUAUUUUUGUAUUGAAGUUAAUUUUCUGAAACAACUUAGUAACUUCUGAUUCUCCUUGUUGCUAAAAGAUGAAUUUGAUAAAUAAAGUUCUGCAUUAACCA